CCGCGUCUCGCCCGUCGCCAGCGAUCCACACGCUCGCGCUAUCGCUCCCGCGCGAACUACACGUGUGCAACACCACUUCCUCUAACGUCGUGUGUUGAAUUGAAAGUGAUAGCGAGGCUGAACAUCACCAGUGAUCGUCUGCAAUCUGGAGGCUAACACACGGGUCCCGAUGGCCGGUGCAGCCCGGCCGCGCUAGAUCGAUCCCGCAGCCCGGCGGGCUUCUCCGUGGUUGACCGAGUGCGCGAGCGCACGGCGUGGGGGGAUGCCGGUGCGCAAGGGGCUGCUGGCGCCCCAAAACACCUUUCUCGACACCAUCGCCACGCGCUUCGAUGGCACACAUAGCAACUUCGUGCUGGGCAACGCGCAGGUGCCGUCAUACCCGAUCGUGUACUGCUCGGACGGCUUCUGCGAUCACGGCUGGGCGCGCGCACACAUCAUGCAGAAGGGCUGCGCCUGCAAGUUUCUCCACGGCGCGGACACUCGGGACGAACAUAGGCAGGAGAUCGACGCGGCGCUGGACUCCAAACAUGAACUCAAACUAGAACUUAUUUUUUAUAAGAAAAAUGGUUCUCCCUUUUGGUGUUUGCUCGACAUUGUUCCAAUUAAGAAUGAAAAACGAGAAGUGGUUUUAUUCCUCGCCUCGUUCAAGGACAUCACUAACACCAAGAUGGCCGCCAUGACCACUAAUGAGGAUUUCGACAGCGGAGCCGCGGUGCGGCCUUCGGCUGGCGUGGUCACUCUAGCGUUAUCCCCAUUUGUACCCGCAGCGGCACUCUUGGGCGCCCGGUUCCGCGCUGAAUCUAGUUGCCUACUUCCAGACCCGAAUGGCAAUUUGGACCCAGAAGCGCCGUCGCCCGCCAACAUGGGCAGGCGGCGAUCUAGAGCGGUACUUUAUCAGCUUUCAGGACAUUAUAAACCGGAAAAAACGAAGAGCAAAAUUAAACUUAACAAUAACCUGCUUCACUCAUCCGACCCGCCGCUGCCUGAAUACAAAACGUCCGCUAUCAAAAAGUCUAAAUUUAUAAUAUCACAUUAUGGCGUAUUCAAAACAUUUUGGGACUGGCUUAUACUCAUAGCCACGUUCUACGUUGCGGUCGUGGUGCCGUACAACGCCAGCUUCGUUGAUGAAGGUCAUCCCAGGAUUAGCGUCACAUCUGACGUUGUGGUUGAAGCUUUAUUUAUUGUCGAUAUACUACUUAACUUCCGAACAACUUUUGUAAGCAAAAAAGGAGAGGUGGUGUCGGAUUCUAAGGCAAUAGCUUUUAAUUAUUUAAGGUCGUGGUUCGUGGUGGAUCUGCUGGCCGCGCUUCCCUUUGACCUACUUUACGCGUCCGACGUGUACAGCGGCGCGGAAUCUACUCACGGGAACGUGCAUUUAGUGAAGCUCACGAGGUUGUUGCGCCUGGCGAGGCUGCUGCAGAAGAUGGACCGAUACUCGCAGUACUCGGCCCUCAUCUUAACGCUUUUGAUGUUGUCAUUCUCGCUCGUCGCGCACUGGCUCGCGUGUAUCUGGUUCAUUAUCGCCGAAAAGGAAAUUGAACAUCACAGAAACGAGAGCUGGGAUCUAGGGUGGAUAAACAACUUGGCGGAGCGGCUGAAAGUGCCAGUGCCUGAGAUAUCGCACAGUGAGAGCUACGUCACCGCGCUGUACUUCACUUGCUCCUCUCUCACCAGCGUAGGCUUUGGAAAUGUCUCCGCUAACACUUUACCCGAGAAAGUUUUUAGCAUACUUACGAUGCUGAUUGGCGCACUCAUGCACGCCGUUGUGUUCGGUAACGUAACCGCCAUUAUUCAAAGAAUGUACUCGCGCCGGUCCAUGUAUCAGACCAAGUGGCGCGACUUGAAGGAUUUCCUCACCAUCAAUCAAGUCCCCAAGGAACUCAAGCAACGCAUGCAAGACUACUUCCAAACCAUGUGGUCGCUCAACCAUGGGAUUGAUAUCCACGAGACUCUAAAGGAAUUCCCCGAGGAGCUGAGAGGCGAUGUUUCAUUACAUUUGCACCGAGAAAUCCUAUCGCUUCCAAUUUUCGAGUCGGCAUCACAAGGCUGCUUAAAGUUACUAUCGUUGCACAUUCGAAACAACUUUUGCGCUCCUGGCGAGUACUUAGUCCAUAAAGGCGAUGCGCUCACGUACAUAUACUACAUUUGCAAUGGCUCAAUGGAAGUAAUGCAGAACGAUAUGGUAGUCGCUAUCCUAGGCAAAGGAGAUUUGGUGGGUUGUGAUAUGAAUGCUCAUUUACAUGCAUACAAUAUUGGACAGUCACAAAAUAACAACCAAGAUUCGGUUAUCGUCAAAUCGAGCAGCGACGUUAAGGCUCUUACAUAUUGUGAUUUAAAGUGUAUAGCUAUGAAUGGUUUAGCCGAAGUCCUUCGACUCUAUCCAGAGUACCAGCAAGAGUUUAUUCAGGAUAUUCAGCAUGACCUUACAUACAACCUUCGAGAAGGCUAUGAAGCGGAGCAAGAGUCCGACGGCAACGGUCACCCCUCCCUCACUCUGCCUUCUAUAUCAGAAGAUGACGAGAAUAUAGCAGAGGAAGGGCUAUCCCCUAAAAUGAAACCACCGCCUCCUAGCCUCACUAAUAGUCCUCGCCAUUUGAAAUUCAGACCAGACGGACAGCGGUUAACACACAGGGAAUUACGGGAGAGAAUAGAAAGACAGCGUUCUGUUGCAACGCCUAAGAUUACGAAAGCCGAUUCAUUAGAGGGAUUAAAUUUAGAAGUGUACAACGCACGGUCCUCUGUGGAUAGACUCGACACGCAGGUGUCGAGCCUGCACCACGACGUGGCCGCGCUCAGCAUGGAGGUACGGAAUGCGAUACAAGCACUGCAGGAGAUGACGGCGGCGCCGCCGGCCGGCUGGCACUCGGCGCACUCGAAUCCCAACCUGCAGUGGAGCACGCCGCCUAACCAGCUCGCACGCAGCUGCAGCCAUCCGCCCGAUGUCUUCUGCUGGGAUCAGCAAGAACGGCCAACCACACCUGACCGCCUAAAAGUACAUCGACAUACACAAACAGAACCUUUCCUUCAUUCCAUCACACAAUACAUUCUCGAGCACCCCGCCACCGUGAUGCUCCUGCUCGGCCUCGAACCCGUGACCACACUUGCACCCGCGCCCUCCGCGGUCGACUACUAUGACCCGCGGAGUCGCAGGCCUAGCACGCUCGAACAAAUCGUGGAAUCAGAGAACGGAAGCCAAACACCCUCAAGUACGGCAAGCGAAAAAUUCGAACUCAACAGAAGCCUAAGCGAAAGCGUCAAAGACAUUGAUAUACAGCCUGAAGUGAAGAAACUGGAGAGGCAGGACGCAAGAAUAACGAACAUGAAGAGGAACAGGUACUCCGCUAGCGACCUGAGCGACGAGACGGAGCGGCUGCUGUCGGCCGCCUCCUCGCUGCCCAGCACCCGUAGCCUCAAGUUUAAUAUUAACAGUUAGGUUUCAUCAUCAUCAUCAUCAUCAUCAUAUCAGCCGAAAGACGUCCACUGCUGGACAUAGGCCUCCCCCAAAGAUUGCCACAAAUAAAAUACCUAUCCUGCGCCACCCGCAUCUAGCGGACUCCUGCGACCUUCAC